CUGGCUGUAUAUAUUGGCCCAUGUGGACACAGACGUGGAGUUUUGUAGGACAGACUGUGUAUUGGCUACAGGGCUGUUAGCCUCUCUUUCUUUAUUUCUCUCUUCAAGAGAACAAGCAGGAAUAUAAAGCAGCCUUCAGCUCUUUCUGGACUGCUUUUUGUGGAAACUGAGGAACAUUUUUCUCCCUGAUAGUACACAGUACCUGGCCCUGAAGAAAACAUGAGUGAUCUGCUGGAUGAUGGCUCUUUCAUGUUCACGUCGGAGUCCGUAGGAGAGGGACAUCCAGACAAAAUCUGUGACCAGAUCAGUGAUGCUGUCCUGGACGCCCACCUUAAACAGGACCCCGACGCCAAGGUCGCCUGUGAGACGGUGUGUAAGACAGGAAUGGUGCUACUUUGUGGGGAGAUCACAUCUCGAGCUGUUGUGGACUACCAGAAGGUGGUAAGGGACGCCAUCAAACACAUUGGCUACGACAACUCUGAGAAGGGUUUUGACUAUAAGACGUGUAAUGUGCUGGUGGCUCUGGAGCAGCAGAGUCCGGACAUUGCUCAGGGAGUUCACAUUGACAGACAAGAGGAAGACAUUGGAGCAGGAGACCAGGGUCUGAUGUUUGGCUAUGCCACAGAUGAGACAGAGGAGUGCAUGCCUCUCACCAUUGUCUUAGCCCACAAACUCAACUCAAAGAUGGCCGAGCUCAGACGUAAUGGCACCGUUCCCUGGCUGCGUCCUGACUCCAAAACACAGGUGACAGUACAUUAUGAACAGAAGGACGGAGCAGUGAUCCCCAAGAGAGUUCACACCAUCGUGAUCUCUGUGCAGCACGACGACUGCAUCACUCUGGAGGAACAGCAGAGGGUCCUCAAGGAGAAGGUGAUCAAAGCUGUGGUUCCUGCUAAAUACUUGGAUGACAAGACCAUCUAUCACCUCCAGCCCAGCGGCCGAUUCGUCAUUGGAGGACCACAGGGUGAUGCUGGUGUCACAGGCAGGAAAAUCAUUGUAGACACAUAUGGAGGCUGGGGGGCUCAUGGGGGCGGAGCUUUCUCAGGAAAAGAUUUCUCAAAGGUUGACCGCUCGGCUGCCUAUGCCGCUCGCUGGGUGGCCAAGUCUCUGGUCAAAGCCAAACUGUGCAGGAGGGUUCUGGUUCAGGUGUCUUAUGCCAUCGGAGUGGCCCAUCCUCUCUCCAUCUCCUUGUUCACCUACGGUUCUUCCGAGAAAUCAGAGUCAGAGCUGCUGCACAUCGUCAACAAAAACUUUGACUUGAGGCCAGGAGUCAUUGUCAGGGAGCUGAACCUGAAGAGGCCGAUCUACCAGCAGACAGCUUCUUACGGCCACUUUGGCCGAUCAGAGUUUACUUGGGAGGUGCCCAAAAAACUGGUCUACUAAAUACUCCACCUGCUCGUCCUGAUCGGCUCACAUGGAGGCUGAAGAAGACCCCUCCACACGGGCUAGAACCGGCCAGCUCUGACAACUGAUGGGACAUUUUUAUACAAUAGGAAAAUUAAGCCAAAGUUAGGGAUCAGUCAGCUUUAAAGAGGAGAGGCGGGAAUUAUUCACAGGAGCGGUUGUAGCUAACAGAAGGGACACUGCAGAGGAAAUAUCAUCUUCCUAUACCCCAGUCUGCAAAACUAAUGGUGCUUUAGAAAUAUUCAUUCAAUCACUAGUUAAAGUAUUUCCUGAUAGCAUGCAAAGGGAACUCUUCCGCCCCACUUGAAGCUGAUCUUUUUUUUUUUUUACCUCAAAGCUGUGACAGUUCCUCUCUUUGACCAGUAUGAUGUACAGAAACAACCCUGGUGCUUUGUUUUUCAAGUACUUUAAAAUAAUAGCAGGUACUUUAAUCUUAACAUCACUCAUCUGUUCCCAGGGUCCUUCGUUUACUUGUAUUGUAAGAGAUUGAUUAGGGCUAUAUUUGUACUUUAAGACAGGGAUGUACACUGGAAAAAAUGCUGCCUUCAAAUGGACCUCAUAAAGCAAAGUCAUGUACAGGGGAGGUGUAGGGACACCGUAGCUCGUAAAGAAGCAAGACGACAAAGAUUUAAACUUGCCAUUAGCUUCUUUUGUACCACGUGUGAACUGAAAAUCGUGGGCUCCCCUAUUUCUGCAAACGUCAUGAAACAUAUCCCAACAAGUAAUCUCAAGACCAUUCCACUGUGGUCAUUGUGAUUACCAUAACAGGACAGCGUUCAUAUGGUCUCUUCAGUGACAGGACCCCAUUUUAAGGCACCAUAACUUUUCCAGUUGGAUUGAGUAUGGUUUGGUAUGGUUCGGUACACAAACCCCAAAAUAGUUUGCAUUUCCAGACACUUGUACCCUCGCUCGGUGGGUUGACUGUAGAAACUAAGCAUGACCUCACAGGCAGCACGAGUUUGUUGUUCUAGUUGCUGAGUAGCAGAAGUCAGUAGGGAGUAAACUUUACUUCAGCAGUCAGUACAGAUGAUCAGCUGACGAAAUAUGUUUAUAGAAAUGUAUGAGGCUGCAACAAGCUUUAUGCUAUAAAGGAGGAGGAUGGGGUGGAGGAGGUUAAUCAUUGCCAGCAGCAGCAGCAUCAUGGUUCAUCGGCAUUAAUGCAAGCAGGGGUUAGUAAGAAGGAUGUCAUAUUUAAAUACACCACAGUGUUGAGAGAAAGAUCAGCUGGCCGUCAGUUGAUCACAGCUAGGAGUAUGACAGCCGUGUCCUACAUGACCAAGCUUCAUGUAAAUGAAUCACUACAGUACAUAGAAUCAACUGAUCCAAAGAUUUGUUAUCGUAAAACUUCACAACUUUCACAUCCGUCACUGAUGAACCAGGCUGAUCUGUGCCUUCAGGCUCUGCUUUAUGAGCAGUUGUGUCCCAUGCUAAAAGUGAAGUCAGUGCAAACCCUCUAUUGUGUACUUUGCUCUACCUUUUUUGGACAGAUUGGUAAGCUUGGCACCCCUAAAGAAGGGCGUCAAAAAGUAGGAUAGUACAGGUCAGUUAUUUGGGACCCUUUCCAACUUUUGAUGAUAGAAAUGCAAAUAAACCAUGCCGUACCAAACUGAACCAGACCGCUCAGUUUAAACGACCUAUAAAUACCUUAUUAAAGGUCAUUAUAAUGAGAAAUAAAGGACCCUGGGAACAUGGACAUGAUUCUUGUCUUUCACAUGAAUGUAAGGAGUGUCAUUAUUGCUUAGCCAAAGACGUAAAUUUAGAAAAAAAUGUCAUUCUUGUUUCAUGGCUGUGAAAUAAGUCUUACUUUGUAAUGUGUGCUACAGGCUGCUGUUUGCACUGUUAACAGCUACAUAUGUUACAAUUCAUCAGUCCCAUACAGUCUUCUUGUACCAUUCUGCUUGUUUCCGCUGUCAUUAUCUCUGCAAGUUAGUUUUACUUCCCCACAGCUCUUCUGGUGGCUUGUUUGUUUCUAUAUUUGUCUUUUUUUUACCUGCAGUCCUGCUGCUGUGACUCAGUCUGUAAAUGUGGCUAAACUUAUCAGAAAAUCACACAAGUCUUAAUUCUGAUUUCAAUGUGAAUCAGUUUCUUCUCUUUACAAGCUGCUAGACUAAAGAAUUUAGCAGACCAUACUAAUGGCGCUUUGUAACAAUGAUGUGAUGCAAUGUUAAUACUAAAUCUAUAAUGGUGGAUCCUUCUGUAUCUUUUACAUUUUGAGCAGAUUUCCCAAGAGUGCUUUUUCCCUUAAACAUUGUCAUGUUAUCCAGUAGAUUACUAUUACAGACAAAAAAUAUGUUUUUCCAAGUG